AUGGCCAAUUUUACAACCACAGAUGAUGAACAGCAAUUAGCGGCAGAGCGACAUCGCAAAUUCUGGGGCACUGCCAAAAUCGCCAUCCGCCAAAUCAUUCCCCAUCCUUCUAUUUCGCAGCGGUUGGACCAGCGGAAUGUCAAGCGGCUUUGUGAGAUUUUUGAAAAAGAGGGCUGUCGGAGACUUGCCGCCUACAAUCACCUUACUGCGGUUGUGUCAAAACACCAUCUGGACGACGCGCUACGGGCUGCACAGGCGGGUCUUGCAGAUACUACCGAUGACCCCCACCCCUACCCUUAG